UCAAGAGAAAUGAGCUAUCAGUGGAGAGAGUUGAAAAACCUGAAGGAUAACAGCUUGAUCUCCGCGUCUCCCAGAGCCUCUGCGGCCCUUUCUGUGCUACAGACUUUGCAUAAUGUUUGAAUAACCCACGGGACGGGCAGAGAGAAGGAAAUCUGUAACCGCAGAGAAACAGGGCCUUGGAAGUGGUGGCUCCGACAUGCAGGGGGACAAGGGAAAGGGGGGAGGGGAAUGGUGAGGUCAAGGGAAGACGUGGUAGGAGGAAGCCGAUUCGGGAAAGUUAGACGGCUUCGGGGCGAGGCUAAAAUGUUUUGCCGCAGUCUGAACUCCUGUGGGCGGGACUCGGAUCUUCUGGGUAGCUGUCAGAACUCUAGUUUACCAGCGGCUUUAGAACCACUCCGGCGCCGGGAGAAGACUGUCUAGAUGGAGCUGGUCUCCUGCUGGCUAGAUCCCCGAUGCUCAGCGGAGCAGUAGAGGACCCCUAAGGACCGGGUUCAUUUCCCUGUAACUCCAGUUGUUUGUCCCCCAAGGGGCCACUGUCCCACGACCGAAGUAAAAGGGAAAGAGGAAGAAAGAAUAGGGUUAAGAUCGCUCUGGGAUGUCUGCUUGAGCAUCAUUCCACCUGUGUCCUGCCCCUUUCCCUUCCCCAACCUUUCCAUCCCUUGGAAAAGCAGACACGCCUAGAGACCUAGAGCCUAGAGAGGUCUCUCAAGGGACCACAGCGCCAGCCUUCCGUCAACACCACCGGGGGAGCCCGAUGCCCCAGAAGCGGCGGGGCCCCCAGAAGACCGAGGUGGGGGCGCCUGGAGCAGGGCUGAAGCCGCAGAAAUUGGGCCAUUUUGGAAGACUGAAAGCCAGGAUGGGGUGUGUGAAGUCCAGGUUUAACCAGGAUGGCAGAAAGAUCUUCAAAAAAGAUUCUCCAACAAACAACCAGGGCCCCGUCUAUGUGCCAGAUCCAACAUCCCCUGGAAAAAGGGUAGUCAAUGGCGCCAACCAGUCCAUCUCCUCUGAUGCCUCUGAGAAUGUGGACAUUACAGUUGUGGCCCUAUAUGACUAUGAGGCCAUUCACAAUGAGGACCUCAGCUUUCGGAAGGGUGACCAGAUGGCAAUCCUAGAAAAAUCUGGAGAGUGGUGGAGAGCUCGCUCCCUUGCUACGAGGAAGGAGGGCUAUAUUCCAAGUAACUAUGUAGCCCAAGUCAACUCACUGGAGACAGAAGAAUGGUUCUUCAAAGACAUUAGCCGUAAGGAUGCAGAGCGACACCUGUUGGCACCUGGGAAUGUAUUAGGCUCCUUCAUGAUUCGGGACAGUGAAACCACCAAAGGCAGUUAUUCUUUAUCAAUACGCGACUAUGAUCCCCAGCACCAGGAUGCAGUGAAACAUUAUAAGAUCCGGACCCUGGACAAUGGUGGUUUCUAUAUCUCCCCACGGAGUACUUUCAGUACUUUGCAGGAUCUGGUGGCCCACUACAAGAAAGGAAGUGAUGGCUUAUGCCAGAAGCUAACAGUGGCCUGUGUGGUCCCCAAGCCCCAAAAACCCUGGGAGAAGGAUGCUUGGGAGAUCCCAAGGGAAUCUCUGAAAUUUGAGAAGAAACUGGGGGCUGGACAGUUUGGAGAAGUCUGGAUGGCUACCUACAACAAGCACACCAAAGUGGCUGUGAAGACCAUGAAGCCAGGGAGCAUGUCUGUGGAAGCCUUCUUGGCCGAAGCCAACCUGAUGAAGACCCUGCAGCACGACAAGCUUGUGAAACUGCAUGCAGUGGUCACCAAGGAAGAACCCAUCUACAUCAUUACUGAAUUCAUGGCAAAAGGAAGCCUGCUGGACUUUCUGAAAACUGAUGAGGGCCGAAGACAGCCUCUGCCAAAACUCAUCGAUUUCUCAGCCCAGAUCGCCGAGGGAAUGGCCUUCAUUGAGCUGAGGAACUAUAUCCACCGAGAUCUAAGAGCAGCCAACAUCCUUGUCUCUUCAGCCCUGGUGUGUAAGAUUGCUGAUUUUGGCCUGGCACGGCUCAUCGAAGACAACCUAUACAAUGCUCGAGAGGGAGCCAAGUUUCCCAUCAAGUGGACAGCUCCAGAAGCCAUCAACUUUGGCUCCUUUACCAUCAAGUCAGAUGUGUGGUCCUUUGGCAUCCUCCUGAUGGAGAUUGUCACUUAUGGCCGGAUCCCCUACCCAGGAAUGUCUAACCCUGAAGUGAUCCGUUCCUUGGAUCAUGGAUACCGGAUGCCUCGAACAGAGAACUGCCCAGAAGAACUAUACAGCAUCAUGACCCGCUGCUGGAUGAAUAAACCUGAGGAUCGGCCUACAUUUGAGUACCUCCAGAGUGUGCUAGAGGACUUUUACACUGCCACUGAGAGCCAGUACCAAAAACAGCCAUAAGGAGGAACAUCCCAAGCACUGUGACUAAUUCUUGGGUGGUAGCAUCAUACUAUCAAGUAGAUUUCAGGCACACCGCCAACUGAUUGUAUUCAGCUUCCUAAUUCCCAUCCUCACUUCAAGAUUCAUCUCUCAGACUGGGAGUCCUGUGUUCUAGUUCUGAUUCUGUCACCAACUCAGUGAGCCCUUGGACAAAUCACUUGCCUUUUCUGGGUCUUCUGCUUUAAAGUGAAGAGGAUGAAUUAGAUGUUCUCUGAGGUCCUUUCUAGCUCUAACAUUCUAUGUUCUAAGGUUACUUCUAGUUAUAAUAUCCUAUGUUCUAUAUUUUAAGGCCCCUGUCAGUUAUAACUACAAUCUACAAUCUAAAAGCCCUUUGGGCUAUGGUAUUCUUUGACUCUGAUUCCUAGAAAGACUGUUGGUCAAUAUUGCUUUUGGCAAUUGACUGGGAUAGUUUUUUACUCACAGCUUCCAGAGAGCUGGAUCGAAUGGACAAAUAAAAUCACUAUGAAUGCCACAGAAUUUAUGGAUAGGCACACAUUCCUCUUUUUCCAAUUCCCAAAGUCUUCUUAGCUCCUGAGAGGAAUAAUUCACUAUGCAAGAACGUAGGAUGGAGACCUCCCAGAGACCAGACUUGCUGAAAGAAAGGAGACUGCAUUUUUUCCUCUACCUACCUUAUGAAAAGAGCUAGAGGUGGAGACCAAGUUAGGGAAGCAGUGAGAGUUUGUCCAUGCUAUUGUCUCAGAAGAGCUAUGAGCCUUAGCUUCUCAUUAAAAAUUGCUCAAGAGAUGAGGUAUUUGUUGUCCUACCAUAUCAGAAUGAGACAUAAGAGAAAUUAUUUUGGUUUUCCUGUUAGAACUAGAGCAUGAAUGUUCCCUCCUUAUUUCCCAUCUCGAAUUGGCCAGUGUGGUUGUCAGAAAAGCAUUUGUGGUGAAGGGGGUGUUGGGAUCGAUGGGAAGUGAUGUUGGAUCAGCUUGGCACAGGACAGCCCCACUGAAGGACAAGAACUUAAGAGGGCAAAAGAUAGAAAUGUGAGUUGGCCUUUCCCAGAUGUUUCUCCAGGCCCCUUGGCAGCUACUACUUCCAGAGGCAAAGAUGGAAAGCUAAAGAUUCACUUCCAAACUGUCUUCCUCCCAAGAGGAUUAAGGAAGAAGCAAGAAAACAACAGGGGAAAAUGUAGUUAGCUUGAACUUUUCCUUCCUAUUUAUUGAAAGAAUACAAAAAUAGCCUCCAGUGGGGAUCCAAGAUCAGCUAAAGCAUUCAGGCCAUACUGUAAGUUGGCCACAUACUCAGCUUUUCUCAAGGCCCCAUUGGAGACUUGCCCUGGCUAGAUUCUGUACUUCAGAGUUGGGUCUGUGGGCAUUAAUAGGAAAUUUAAAAAACAAUUAUAGUUUGUAUUAUUCAGUUCUAUUUGAGGUGGAUUUCUUGUCCUUUUCUUCAUUGAGAUGGCCUCGGGGGCAUCUAAGGACAGAGAAAUGAUAUGUGGGUCAUUGAAUUUGAUAAAGAUUGGAUCCAGUCUCAAAGAGACAUCUAUACUCAAUAAUCCCAUGAUUCUGAACCUUAUCUAUCAUGCAUAUUCCUGCCCUAAUCAUGAGAGAUAUAUGACAAAAGAAAGCAAAUAGCCCUGUGUAGCCAAUACCUACUUAGGGGAAAAAACCACCCAGAGCACACUUCCUGUUGGUGGUGGAUCAAUAUAACCAUUGUGUACAACAAAGAGUAGCAUAAUAUUUGAAUGUCUUGCCUCAAACAAAAUCUUAUUAAGUUUUUUUUAAUAUUCUGAUUCAUUGAUUAUUCAACAAACAGUUGAGGGCCUACUAUGUGCAAGACAUUCUGCCUUUGGAGAUUUGUUUAUUUAGCCUACAGUUUAAGUGCCCAGAGCACCAUGCCACACAUUUGUGAACAGAACACAGUGUUGCAAAGUGGGGGAAAGCUAAAGUUGGCUAAGACAUACUCCCAGUGCUUAAAAAACUCACAAUCUAGUAGGCAUAUAAGAUACAAACUCAGAUACUUUUGCAUUUAUAAUGUUAUAUGAUAAAUGCUACAGAGAAGUUUUUUAAGUGCUGUUAAACCAUGAGGAUGGAGAGGAGUCUUAGAGAUGGUAGCACUUGAAACAGGUUUUAAAAAAUUAGUAAGAAUUCAAAAGGCCAAGAACUUUACAGAUAUGUAGAAUAGUCCAAGCAUGGAGAUGGCAAAGACCUUGCCCUCAAUGAGUCUAUAAUCUAAUAUGGCUACAAUAGCAGAAAGGAUGAAAUCAUUAAAAUGGAGAGAUAUAAGCAAAGUUGUAUGGAAUUGGGAGUUUGUGACAUUAUUUAAAAUGAAAGGUUUUGAUUUAUCUUUGUCUCUUUUGGUGGUUUUUUUUUAAAUAGAUUUGUCCUCUUCUUUCUCUAUCAAGCACCUUCUGCCUGUCAUGCAACCUUUUCCAGGGCACUGAUACCACAACAGGUCCUGGUCCUUGUCAUCUAUUUUAACUUACAAUAAAGAGGUGUAAAUUUUG